AUGCAACUGCAUGUCUUUCUACCUCUUGCUGUUCUCGCGUCUGCAGUGACCCUUCCAUCAUUGUCUGGGCAGCCCCUCAUCUCCAGGCCUGAUCCCUCAGUCCAUUUGGCCCAUGUACCACUACCACCAGCAUUACACAGGCCAGCAAUUCCGCUAAUUUCGCGGCCUGUGCCGCCCAGAAAUGUUACCAAUAUCAGAUGCCCCAUUAUCUUCGAUGGUCGCGUACCCAAAAACCUUACUCUCACGUCCUUUGACUCCGCCUCCACAUCGCCUUACAGUCCCUCUUUCGUGAAAGGCGAAAACACCACAUGGGCCUCGAUUCUGCUGCUCCCUCGCAUAGCGUCGUCUCGAUUCGAUGAGAUUGCACUCCACAAACCGCUUGAGGUUACCAUCGAUAAGCGCUCCAUAUUUCGCGCAGGCGAGAAAUUACAACUGGGCUUUCGUCGGGCAGGCCUACUCCUCAAAGACGAUACCAAUGACCCCGGUACCGACGCUGCGGACGCAGGUGUCGUGACGUUCCAUUGGAGUGUCAAGCAAGAUGCGGCCAGACCUCUGAACUUGACGCACGAAUACAUGAAUGUGUGGCACGAGCAAGCAGACUACAAACAAAAUCAGUUCACAUUUGUUGGCGGGAUAGUGCUACCAGGUGACGGUGGAUUAGAUCAAAGGGGAGACAAAUGGAGGGUACAGAACGCGAAAAGUGAAUUCGUGUUUGAAGUGUCGAUUGAGUACAAUAAAUGGCAGAACUUUGGAGUUCAGUUGGACUAUGUUAACAAUACGAUCAAAGUAUUUUACUCUGUGGGGAUGUCGCCAUUGAAGGUAGUCACUCAUGCAUUGCCAAACGAAAACGGAGGCGGAGGACAACUACAGAUUGGCAUCGCCAAAAAACCGACAGAGACGCAGACGGUGGUAUUUGAUGGGUACCAGGAAUUCAUACCACUGCGGGGCGAAGGACAAAUAUAUGGCGGUAUUUUUGUCGAAAAGAGCGACGGAGGAUGUACAAGCCUCUGA